AUGCGCGCUAUGCUCCCUGCUCUCCAACAGCCCUUGCGGCUCUCGAUGGCCGCGCGCAACCCUCAGCUGCGAUUGAUCGCCGGUGGAUCGCGUGCUUUCCAGACGACUCCCUCGGGCAAGGCCGUCGCCGCUUCCAGGCAAGGUCCGUACGUCAAGGGCACUGUCAACGACCCAACGCCUUUCCCCGAGCCCAACGCGGCGCACGGCUCGAACCACUGGGCGUUUGAACGUGGACUCUCGGUCGCGCUCGUACCACUCGUCGCCGCCGGAUUCGCCAAGCACGGCUCGUCGGCCAUCCUCGACGGCGCUAUCGCCUUGACACUGGUGGUGCACUCGCACAUCGGCUUCGACUGCAUCAUCGCCGACUACCUGCACAAGCGCAAGUUCCCCGUCGUCGGUCCCCUCGCCACAUGGACGCUGCGCGCGACCACGCUCGCAACGCUCUACGGUCUCUAUGAGUUUAACACUAACGAUGUCGGUCUCACUGAGUUGAUCGCCAAGGUAUGGACUGCUUGA